AUGACUUUUACAACGGUAAAACGCAAUUAUUUAGACUUUGAAGCUCUCCCUGAACAAGACAAAUUCAAGAUUGUAGUCUGCUAUGAUGGAUCAGGGUAUGGAUUGAUGCAAGCAGUCUACAACGAGGACGGCACGAUUCAGUUGAAGCACUACAAGUCUAAAGAAGAGCUGGUUUUCAAGAUGAAAUACAAUAGAAAGAAACGGUUCAACUAUGACAAGGAAGCAAACAAGCUAGUGGAGGUAGUUUCGAUUACUGCUGAUAUCGCCUUGAAAAAGUGGUGCCCUCUUACGUUUCAUGGUACAAUGCAGGAAAACGGUGCUGCACAGGGCCAUCCAUUUGAAUGA